AAUAAUAAAAAGAAAGAAAAAUAAAAUACUAAUUUUGAAAAAUCCACAGCUUCCCAACUGUAAAGCCAAAGCGAUGGGGAAGUUUACACUCAAAGUCCAAAUUCACUCAUCUUCCGUAAGCGCACUCAUAAUGUUCCUUCUCAAGGCAUGGAGAGCAACAUCUUUCGGUGUCUAUGGCUACCUCAACUUCACCAAAUCUGCUUUCAUUGAGCAUGCAAAAAAAUUCAAGUCGGAGGAUAUGGAAAUAAGAAUUGAAGGGAAAAAUUGCUUAGUAACCGGAGCAAAUUCUGGCAUUGGUUAUGCAACAGCGGAGGGCCUUGCGUCACGUGGGGCAACUGUCUAUAUGGUGUGUCGAAAUCAGGAGAGGGGAGAAGCUGCAUUAUCUAAAAUUCAGUCUUCAACAGGCAACAAGAAUGUGCAUUUAGAGGUCUGUGAUCUUUCGUCUGUUAGUGAUAUCAAGUCAUUCGCAUCCAGAUUUUCUUCAAAGGAUGUGCCUGUUCAUAUAUUGGUUAACAAUGCUGGCUUGCUGGAGAAUAAUCGAGUUACAACCUCAGAAGGGUUUGAGAUGAACUUUGCUGUAAAUGUAUUAGGUACUUUUUCUAUGACAGAAUCUAUGCUGCCAUUGCUGGAGAAAGCUGCACCUGAUGCAAGGGUUAUUACAGUUUCUUCUGGUGGAAUGUACACAGCACCCUUGACCAAAGAUCUUCAGUAUAGCGAUGACAACUUUAAUGGGCUGGAUCAGUAUGCUCGAAACAAGAGAAUUCAGGUGGCUCUUACUGAAAAAUGGGCUGAAAUUUACAAAAACAAAGGGAUUGGAUUCUACUCGAUGCACCCAGGUUGGGCUGAGACCCCUGGUGUCGCAAAUAGCAUGCCAGAUUUCAAUAGAAAUUUGUCAACAAAGCUUAGAACAAGUGAGGAAGGUGCAGACACAAUUAUUUGGUUGGCUUUACAACCAAAAGAAAAAUUGGUUCCUGGUGCACUUUAUUUUGAUAGAGCUGAAGCACCUAAACAUCUCAAGUUUGCAGCUACUAGCACCUCGCAUGCUUUAAUUGACUCUAUUAUCGACAGUCUACGUUCCUUAUCAAAAAUCUCUUCAUAAGUUUAACAAAAAACUUCAAUUGUGACAUCUAUAAUGUUUGGGGAACUUUUGAUGAUAAACUUUCUAGUUUUACUCAAAAAUAUUUUCUUAGAUAGCAUUGCAUGAAUUACUGAGGAAAGAUAGAGGAUCAUAUUAUUGGAUUUCCCUCUAAUUGCUUCAUGAAGCAUCAUAUACUUUCUGCCCUUUUUUACCCUUUGUUAUGUUUGUUAAUUUGUAAUUUUAUGAUAAUAUGAAGAAGGAAUGGUUAUAUAUAGUGGUAGAUUUUUACAAAA